CCACGAUGUUCACAGGAAUCAUUGAAGAGAUUGGGACAGUGGUUUCCCGCGUCGAGAAAGAUGGCAUGAAGAUGUGGGAUGGGAGCGUUGCCAGGGGCACGGUCUUGGUUGUUCGUUUGAAAGUCGCUCUCGAGGGUGCGUACAUUGGCUGUAGUAUUGCCAUCAACGGGACGUGCCUCACUGCUACGGAUAUCGACUUCGACAACGGACACGUCUCCUUUGGUUGCGCCCCCGAAACGUUGCGGUUGACGAAUUUGCGCGUGCUGGAGGCUGGUGAUAGAGUCAACGUGGAACGUGCUAUGGGCGCACAAGACCGAAACAGCGGACAUUUUGUGCAAGGACAUGUCGAUGGAACGGGCAAGAUCUUGGAAAUGACCAAGGAAGGCGAGUCCCUCUGGGUAAAAAUCCAAGCGGAGCCGUCGCUGAUGGCAUAUGUCAUUCCCAAGGGCUUUAUUGCCGUCGACGGCACAAGUCUCACCGUGUGCAAGGUGAACAACCGUGAAGGGUGGUUCAACGUCAUGCUGAUCACGCACACGCAGCAAAGCAUCGUGUUGCCGACCAAAUCUGUGGGAGACCUCGUCAACUUGGAGGGCGACGUGAUUGGAAAGUACGCGGCCAAGUCCACGCAUGCGUUUAGCGAGCGAUUGGAAUCCCUGGAGAAGACGCAGCGCAACACGUUAUUGGCUGCAGGGAUUGUGGGUGGGGCCAUCGGUGCCGCCGUUGCGCUCAUUGCGACCCAGCGCUAAAGAUGAACGCAAUGCAUACACUAUCAAACGUUCUA